CGCGGGGCUCGCGCCGUGGUGCCUUAGGUCGGCACCAACAUCGACAUUAAUCUGCGGCGCGCGCACCGCGGGGCCUCAGAAGAAGAACCGGGUCGCAGGGAGCACCGAGGCGGCAGGCCUCGCCGAAAACCGACAAAAUGACGGAAAUGUCGCAAAUGUCGGAGAUGUCGUCGGUGGACACCACGAAAGCUGCAGGCAAGGAAAGGAUCCAGCCAAGGUGAUCAUCAUCGUCGUGCUCGCGCUGCUGGCGCUAAUCCUGCUGAUGCUUAUCAUGUUCGACGACUCGGCGUCCGAUGAAGCCAAGGACGGAGACGGCAGCGGCGGUGAUGGCAGCGAUGGAGGCAGUGGCGGCCGCGGUUACGGCGGCGGCCGCGGCAAAAAGAAAUCGGAGGAGACCACGCAGACGACGACGCCGUCCACGACGACCAAGACGACCCCGGUGCCCACCAAGCGGCCGGAGGCGUUCAUCUUCUGCACCGUCAGUGCUUUCUCGGAGUCAGGAACGCACGAAGUCUUCCAGAGCCACUUUUGCGACUACUUCGUCUACACGCACGUCCUCCCCUACCAGAACGACAUACUGGCCUACGACAGUAACCAGAGCUGGGAGCGAUUCAAGAAGAGCGCAACCGCCUACAGGGAUAAGCUCGACUACACCGGCUUCCCGAACGUGACCAACACGAGCACGGUCAAGUUGCACCACUACGGGUACAGCUUCGCGGCCGACGACCUCACCUGGCUAAAGUCGCAGCUGAGCAGCGUCUCCGCAAAGGUCAAGCAGCUGCACCAGGAGAACGGCUUACUCACGGCCGGCCUGGCCUACUACCAGCGCGCCAACGUCGCUAAGGAUACCAAUCUCGGCAUCAUCAAGAACAUCAUCACUAGUAUUGACGGAAUGCUAGACAAGGCGCAAGACAAAAACACGACCAUCCUGAAGACCACCUUCCUGGCAGUUAAAUUGAACGGCCUGACUGCGAGCGCGCCGAACGACGUCGCCGCAUUGCAAGAGCUCAAGGGCGUCGCCAACCUGGACCUGCUCAUACUGUUGACACACCUGGUGGACGUCCCCGCCGCACCCAGUUGCAAGAUACUGCCACUGAGCAGGUACUCGGGCGACGCCUUAAGUUACAUGGAGCCACCAAGCAUGGAACGCCUGCUGGCCUCCAUCGACAAACUGAAGGGCGCGUCCUUUCGCGUGGCCUUCUCCAUAAGCUUUGCAGUGUACCUCUUCAAGCCCACGGGCGGUCUCAAGGACACCACCAAGUUCGGAGACAACUGCACGCACAGCUUCUACGAUGACACCAGCGAGCUAUGCGGCGUGCCGGACGCCAACAUCACAGAAAACGCGGAUCCCGCAAAGUCGAGCGCCACGUACUCGAAGAAGCCGGACGGCGUCUUCAUGGUGUUCGAGACGAAGAACGCCACUCUCCUAAAGGUGAGCCAGGCGUCGACCGCGGCGCGCGAGAAAGGCGUGAUGCUCACCUGGGCCGCCUACGAGGUGCACAGAGACCGGAUGUUGUGCGGGGGGGACACAAAGAAGACGUUGGAGAGACUCGAAGUUCUCAACGAUGCCGUGGUGGCGGACUACGCCCCAAAGGAAAAGGACAGCCAGGGCUGACGAAAAGAGACGCACGCGCCCCCCCACCCGCCGCCCUUCAUGGCCGAUCCCAUCGUAUUCAGUAAAAGAGGCAGUUGGGGAUGAUUCAGCGUGCGUUACUAACUUAACGAGAAAGAAGUCGCUACACAAUGAGCGAGG